AACACAGUCAAGGUUACGGAUACUCCUUUACUAAGUGGAACAGAAUGGACUGAUAUCGACCAAUUACUUACGCCCAGCCACAUCUAAGAGGAUGCAUAUUGCUGACUUUUUGGCUGGCUCUAUCGGAGUUUAUGCUUCUAAACAACCAUAGACGAAUAACACGUGUCAGUUUCAAAUCAUCAGCCUUGAAUACUGUCCAAAUUGUUUUGUGACCUUGGUGCUCUUCCAAAUCAAAACACAAAGGAGCAUGCGGAGUUGCAGUAGGCUACCCUCUGGACACUGUAAAGGUCAGGAUACAGACACAAAAGCAAUUCAUAGGAAUAUGGCAGUGUGUAUACACAACAUUUUCAAAGGAAGGGGUGCAUGGCUUCUUCAAAGGCAUGUCAUUGCCAGUGACCACCAUCUCCAUGACUUCUUCGGUGGUGUUUGGCACCUACAGGAACUGCCUGCAGUGCAUGAGCCAAUUACGAGGAGCUGCUAGGGGUCCGAACACCAAAGUAGAGGUGUUCCUCUCAGGAAUGGCAGGGGGGAUAGCUCAGAUAUUUGUGAUGUCACCAGGUGACAUUGUUAAAGUACGCCUGCAAUGUCAGACGGAAUCCAUGCGAUCCGGUGCCAAGCCAAAGUACUAUGGACCAGUUCACUGUCUGCUGUGCAUCAUCAAAGAGGAGGGGAUCCUGGGCCUGUACAGAGGGGCUGUUCCUCUCAUGCUAAGAGAUGGGCCAUCCUAUGCCACAUACUUUUUGACUUACACAACCAUUUGCAAGUGGCUGACACAAAGUGGCAAAAAAGGACCAGAAUGGAGUGGUGUGAUGCUGGCUGGUGGAGUAGCUGGAAUGGCAGGUUGGACUGUGGGCACACCCAUGGAUGUGGUCAAAGCCCGUCUACAGAUGGAUGGAGCAAGGGAGAGAAAGCGGUACAAGGGCUUUUUCCAUUGCAUUAGCCAAACUGUGCAGACGGAGGGAGCAGGUGUGUUCUUCAAGAGCUGGGGCAUCAACUGUCUGCGGGCAUUCCCUGUCAAUAUGGUGGUGUUUGUUACAUAUGAGGUCCUCAUCAGUCUCCUCCAAGCCAGGCCUGACCCUGUAGACCCACCUAGUGUGGAAUUUGAAUAAUGGUAAUUUCUAAUUUCUUGGCUCUGUUGGGGAUCCUUAUUUUCUGACUUAAGUUAGAUUUCAGGUCCGUUGUUUGAGCUUGCUGUUUACUCAGAAGCACUUUGGCAAUUUUUAGUACUGCCAGGACUAUUAACUAUUACGCUCUUUUUAUGCAAACAAUGUCUAUGAUAUAUAUUAAAAAGGUUUUUAUGCUGCAUUCUAGAUAGAACUGGAACUUUUCAAUUUCUUUAAUGUCAACUAGUCCUUGUCAACCAUUCUCCACUGGUCUCUUGAAUUUGUUUGAUGAUGUAAAAUCAGCUUAUGGAAAGUGGCCAGAUACAUGUUCAA